AUGACUCCCGCCGCCAAACCACCGCCUCCACGGCGGCAUUUACUUCCCCUCGUAACCAUCAUUUUCUUGUUGAUUUCUCAGAUCUAUGCUGUUUCAGCAGCAGAAAAAGACAAUGAUUUGAAUGACAUUGUCAAGGAUCUACAAAAACUUAGCUUUGAAAACCCGAGUCUUGCACAAGCCUACAUUGCAUUACAAGCAUGGAAACAGGUCAUUUUCUCUGAUCCAUUCAACUUCACUGCAAAUUGGACAGGCUCUAAUGUUUGCUCCUAUGGAGGAGUAUACUGUGCACCCUCUACGCGAAAUGCGUCGUACAAAGUUAUAGCUGGUAUUGAUCUCAACCACGGUGACAUAGCCGGGUACCUCCCGGAUGAGCUCGGCUUAUUAACCGAUCUUGCGCUUUUCCACAUUAACUCAAACCGGUUUUGUGGUGUGGUACCGGAGAGUUUCAAGAAAUUGAAGGUCCUUUUCGAGCUUGAUCUUAGUAACAAUCGCUUCGUGGGGAGUUUUCCUAAAGUAGUACUAUCGUUGCCUUCAUUGAAAUUCUUGGACUUGAGGUUCAACGAGUUUGAGGGUCCUGUCCCAAACAGGCUUUUCGACAAGGAUUUGGAUGCAAUUUUCCUCAACGACAACAGGUUCCGGUUUGGCAUUCCUGAGAAUCUUGGGAAUUCGCCCGUGUCUGUUUUGGUGUUGGCCAAUAAUAAUCUCGGUGGCUGCAUACCGGGCAGCAUUGGCAAAAUGGGGAAUACUUUGAAUGAGCUGAUUUUGAUGAAUGAUAAUUUAACAGGCUGCUUGCCUCCACAGGUUGGAAUGCUGAGAAAUCUAACUGUGUUUGAUGUUAGUUUUAACAACCUCCAAGGUCCUUUGCCAUCGGAGAUUAGUCGAAUGAGGAGUCUUGAGCAGCUAGAUGUGGCGCAUAACCGCCUGACUGGGGAGGUGCCGGCUGCCGUCUGCCAGCUUCCGAGGCUGCAAAACUUCACGUAUUCGUUCAAUUACUUCACCAAAGAGGCACCGCAAUGUGCAAGAUUUGGAAGUGGAAAAGUGUCGGAUGGGAGAAAGAAUUGUAUUUUGGGGAAGAAUGAUCAAAGGUCUGUUAAAGAGUGCUCUUCCGAUGCUGCUAAGCCGUAUGAUUGUAGUAAGUCCAAGUGUGGCGGCAGCAAUGGCGGAAGCGGAGGCAGUGGUGCGCCAAAGCCAAUCAGAAGGCCACCUACAAGUAGAAGGCCACCGGUUCCACAAAACCCACCAUCACCAAAGCCAGGUAAUGGACCGCGGCCGUAUAUUGCGCCACCAGGCCCACCACCACCUACAUCAAGGUCUUCGCCAAAUACUAAAUCACACCCUCCACCGCCUCCAACUCCGACGAAGUCUUUCAACACACCACCAUCUCCUCCUCCACCAACCCACAAAGUGUCUCCGGGGACUCAUCUGCGGCCGCCACCUCCACCAGUUCACCAUGAGAAGCCCUCCAAGCACACACAUCCACCUCCACCUCCACCACCAACUUUUGAACCUGUGACACCAUUGCCACCACUGCCGUCUCCUCCACCACCAGUUUCCCAUAAACCCACUACUCCGCCACCCCCACUGCCUCAGAGCUCAACUCCACCGCCACUUCCACCAACUCAUUAUGGUUACAAUCCACCACCGCCUGAGAACUCACCACCUACCUAUCAACCUAAAUCACCGCCACCUCCAACUCAUCAUGUUUACAAUCCUCCUCCACCGCCGGGCCACCAGCAUUCAAUGCCGCCAGCUCCGUCACCACCAGGGUAUUCCCCAUCACAUCCUCAUUCCCCACCACCACCCUCCAGCGUCUGCAACGAACCACCACCACCUCCAAAACAACAAUGGCACUACCCACCUCCACCACCAACAUAUGCACAUCCACCUGCACCUCCACCGCCACCACAUUACGUUUAUUCAUCACCUCCGCCACCCUCUUCAUCACCUCCGCCACUUUACGUGUAUUCAUCACCCUCUCCACCCCCACCUCCGCCACCGGUGUACGAAAACACCCCACUACCACCAAUAAGAGGAGUCUCCUAUGCAUCUCCCCCACCCCCUUCCAUUCCAUACCACUGA